GAUCCAAGCCAAACCAUUUGUAUGCCCAGAGAAGAAUUUGUACAGAAGAUGACAGAGACUGUGGGUUGGGGAACAAAGGAAGAAUAUGGAGAACUCUUUGAUAAAGUGGACGUGGCCCAGGAUGGCUUCAUUGACUGGGACAAGCUGACUUCAUUUAUUCUGUUAUCACUUUAUGAGAGAGAUGAGCGAGCAAAAGCAACAAUCGUUCCCCAAUGGAACGAUCUUGAAUUCCUCCCAGGAAAACACAAGGACACCAUUCAGAAAGUAGUUUUCUUAAAAAGUUCAAGUCGUUACUUAACUAUUAGCAAGGAAGGCUUACUAGGAAUCUGGGGAGAGAACUUAAAGUUUCAAGAAGCACUUCCUAUUACUUCAGAUGCCAUCAAACUCAAACACCUAUGGGUGACAAGUCUGGUUUCUCUGGAAAAUGUUAACAAGAUAGCAGUGGCUUUUACAAGCAAAGAGAUUUGCUUCUAUGAUCUACUGUCCAAAGAAGAAUUUCCUUGCCAAUACAAACUCCAAGGCCUGCAAGGAGCUCCCAUAUGCAUGGAUUAUUGGUAUGAUCCUACUGAUCCCAAAGACUCCAUCCUUUCUUUUGGGGAUAUAAAUGGAAAGGUUCAAGCAAUUGCUUUCACAGCAGCCAUGAUUUCCCUUUUUGAGCGCCCUGCUAAUGCAUGUGAUGAUGAAGAAGCCACCAUGACCAUCGACUGGGCAGAUCUGCUCUCUGGAUGUCAGAAAUGUUGUCAUGUAUUACAGCACACAAUUCAUCAUGGAGACUGGGUCCGUCAAGUUACUUACAAUGCUUCUUUAGAUGCUUUUAUUUCCAGUACAAUGAGCAGUACAAAUACUGUGGUGCUGGCAUGGAGAGAAAAGUCAAAAAAACUCCUCAAAAUGACAUCUUUCAACAUUGCCCAGGGCAUUCACGCUUUUGAUUACCACUCUCGGCUCAAUUUAAUUGCUACAGCUGGCAUCAACAAUAAAGUUUGCCUUUGGAAUCCCUAUGUUCUGUCUAAACCAGUUGGUGUUCUAUGGGGUCAUUCAGCCAGUGUCAUAGCAGUUCAAUUUUUUGCUGAGAGAAAACAACUUUUCAGCUUCUCCAAAGAUAAAGUUUUGAGACUCUGGGAUAUUCAACACCAACUGUCCAUUCAAAGGAUAGCUUGUUCUUUCCCCAAAAGUCAGGACUUCACAUGCCUCUUCCACUUUGAUGAAACCCAUGGGCGGCUUUUUAUCUCCUUCAAUAAUCAACUCGCCUUGUUGGCCAUGAAAAAUGAAGCCAUCAAGAAGGUGAAGAGCCAUUUGAAAGCAGUCACUUGUAUUCUUUACAAUUCCCUCCUGAAACAGGUAAUCAGUGCUGAUGUGGGGUCUACUGUGUCCUUCUGGAUGAUAGAAACUGGGCAGAAAAUCAAACAGUUUGCUGGUUGUCAUGGCAAUGCAGAGAUCAGCACCAUGGCCCUGGAUGCAAAUGAGACACGGCUUUUGACUGGCAGCACAGAUGGUACUGUAAAGGUAUGGGACUUUAACGGAUAUUGUCACCAUAUUCUUAAUGUUGGGCAAGAUGGAGUUGUGGAAAUUUCACAGAUCCUGGUUCUUAAGAAGACUAUCCUGGUUGUGGGCUGGGAGAGAGCAGUUACUGUAUUUCGACCUCAGAACUUUAAUCAGUUUUUCAUCCAGUCUGAAGAGUGGAAAGGGGGAGUCCAUCACCAAGAUGACAUCUUGUGUGUUGCAUUUUUACCCCCUCAAACCCUUGCUACAGGGAGCUAUGAUGGAGAAAUUGUUUUGUGGAAUAACAACACAGAAAAUGCUCACCAUGUUCUUCACCCUGGUUACCAGAGGCAGCUAACAUCUGUGGUAGAUGUAGAAGCCAAAAAGCUUAAUGCCAGGAGAAGCUGUGCAGACCAGGCCACCCAGGCUGACAGAAAUGUAAAGAUUGACACAGAAGGUAAUAAUGCUGUUAUGAGGCUUUGCUUUCUUGAAGCAAGGAAAACCAGUACAGCCACAGGAGGUGCUAACCUGGUGUCAUGUGGAGCAUCUGGUUAUGUCAGAUUUUGGGAUACAUUUAAGAAAGUGCUUCUGGCUGAAUUUUUGGCUCAUUCUGGAGUUAGAUCCAUUAUUAUGUCUACUGAUAAACUGAAUCACUACCUUUCCACUGGAGAUCCUGAUGGAUGGUUGAAAAUCUGGAACAUAGAGGAAUAUUGUACUAAUUCCACUGAAAGCAAAAUCACUCAGACUCCAACUUUGCUCAGAUCACUUCAACCUCAUGAAGACCGGAUAAGUUCUUUGGAGGUGUGUGAGUCCGGUGGUCAUUUGCUAAUCAUUUCCUCCUCUGCAGACUGCAGUGUCUGUGUGACUGGACUUUCCGAUGCUCCUGCCUUGAUCUUUGGUCAGGCAAGCCAUUGGAAUAUUGAAAACUACUUUUCUCUUCCUAAAUGGAAUACUAAUUUGAUAGAAAGUAACACUCAAGAGGAAAGCAUGAAAGUAAACCCUUUAUUUUCUGAAGAGGAGUCAUGCUUAGACUCAACAGAACAUUCUCUACUUACUGAGGAAGACAAAAACAACGCAACACCCAUAUUACCAGAAGAAAUGGAUUUCCAUCUAAACUAUAAGAGGAGAAAUAUCUUUAAGAAAAAACCACAUAAAUCUUGCUAUGGUGAAACUAUACAAAAAUCAACCAGCAUAUUUGGGUCCUUAAACCUUAGAACCCUGAAAGAGCUGCCUGAAGUGAAUAAACCUGCAUUUCUUCUAAACCCUGACAAAUACUUUAAGGAAGAGCCAGAAGGGGAUGAAUCCCUAAUUUCAGAGCUUCCUUUGCUCUCUGAAACUUUGAAAGCUGUAUUUGAUGAGAAAAGCCUAUUCCCCAAAGAACUUCUGUAUCGUGAAAGACAAGACAAAUCAUUGUGUCAAGAAACAAAUGGUGAAAUGAAGAUAAAGAAAAACAAGAAGCAAUUAUGA